AUGGACGUCAUGUUGGAAGGGAAGGAUGAUGCCAAGGGCAGCAAGGUCCACAUUCGUAUGCAGCAGCGAAACGGCCGCAAGUCCUGGACCACCGUCGCCGGCUUCCCGGACCAGGUGCGCCUUCCCAAGUCCGGCAAGGUUCUCCAAGUGGACUUCGAGAAGAUCCUGCGAGCGCUGAAGAAGACCUUCAAGACCAAUGGCGUGCUGAUCAAGGAUCCCGACCACGGCAGUGUCAUGCAGCUCCAGGGCGACAUCCGAAAGGAGGUGGCGGAGUUCUUGAUUGAGGUCACAGCCAUCAUCACAAAGGACCAGGUGAUGAUCCAUGGAUCGUGA